CUCCUCUGAUCGGAAACAUACGCGACGCAGACCUCCAUCUCUCCACCAAGAGAGCUUAUGGUUAGGGAUGAGGACAAGCUUGAGCCCCCAGGCGAAAACGGGUUCAUCACAAGGUGGGUUCACCCCUUUGUCUCCGGCUAACCAUAGGAAAUCACGGAUGGAUCAGAGUCCGGGUGUGCGUCUCCAGGAUUUGGGUGGCCUCCAAUCCAAAUACUGGUACAGAGUACAGUCUCGACUGCCUCCUGAUCGACGAGGAGGGUGUCACUAUGCAAGCGCGUGCACUCCCCGGUGACAUGAUGGAGCGGCUCAAACACCAGCUAGUUGAAGGGAAGGUCUACACCUUGUCGGAUUUUACAGUAGUCCAGAGACGGCAGGACUACAUGGCCUGUAGCAAUGGCUUGAUGAUUUACAUGGAGGAACAGACAGUGGUAGAUGAGAUAGAUGACAAUACCGGUUCUUCGAUACCUCUCCAUAGCUUUGAGUUUGUUGAUUUCGACGAUGUUCCUUCUAGGAAUGGCGACAAACGCUUGUUUACAGUAUCCGUUGAAGAAAUGGGGGAGACUUGGAAGUGGAAAACUUGGCGUAACAUAUCUUUUUGUAAUGGGAAGGGAAUUGGAUGUUGCACUGUUCGGAGAUCUUGGUCGAAAUUUCGAUGCAGAGCAGGUUUUCAAGCAAAGCCAAAAAGUCCCAAAUGUUGCUGUUUUAUUUUGACUGAUCCACAUAAACCGAUUGAUCUCCUCCCUUGUCAGCUACAAAAUCCUGUAAAUCCAGCUGACUUAGUUAAAAGCUGGCGAACAAUCAAACAGCUGAAAAGCCUGAACCCACAUGGAUUACAGAACACCACAUUUUUGUGCAAAGCCUCCUUGAAAGGCAGAGACUGCACCAAAGGUUGGUUUUAUCGGUCAUGCUUCCACUGCAAACGGUCAAUCAGUUGGGAUGGGAUCAAUUCCUUUUGCAUCGAAGGUUACCCGAGUAAUCCACCGCCUGUUCCACAGUACAAGCUGAAUGCAGUGAUGGAAGACACGACAGGCACUAUGGACGUCAUGACCUUUGAUGGGCUAGCAUGGAAGCUUGUUGGUGCUGCAGCGGAGGAGCUCGCUGGAGAGGUCACAGGCAAAAAGAUUUCAGCUGUUCUUCGUUCCCGCCAGAGCCACAGCUUUGUAAUUGAUGCCGCCAACAGGUGCUUUGUGGUGAAGCACAUCCCAAAUGAAGAUGAGCUGCAGCUCAUUAGUUCAGCUGAUGUGGCAGCUGGAGGUGACCCUCUCCUGUCAGAGGAAGAGGGCUCUUCCGUAUCCUACGACUCCAGUCCUGUAAAAAUUGUUAAGAAGGAGAAGAUGGUGGUUAAAGAAGAGAGUGAAGUAGAAAGUGGUUGUGAAUCGCCACAGGGAGGGGGUUCCCCCGCAUCCUACAGUUCCAGUUCACCAGCGAAAAAGGAGAAGGUGGAGAUUAAAGAAGAGAGGGACCCAAAAAGGCAGAGGAUCACCAAAGGCAAUGAAGCUGAGUAGACAUGCAGAAUGACCCCCUUUCACCAAUAAGAUAUCAUCUCAGAAAAAUAAGACGUGUACAUGCUUAGUCAGAUCGUCGAAGUACAACGCAUCUGCUGAAGUUAUAGAAGUAUCCUUUGUGAAUUUAGAACUGUUCUACCCUGUACAUAUUCCUUGCAAUGCCUGUCUAGAGUUCUAGACACUAAUGUAGCAGCAUCUCUUGCAAACAGCACAGCUAGUCUGUCAGACAUUGCAGAGCUGGAGCUGGAUCAAUAUGCUUUUGCCGCAUGGUUCAGUGUAAAUCUUGUUGCUAAUCACGUGUCAUCGUAUCAAAAUCACGUUAAUUCUCUAGUGCUAGUAGUCUGAACUAUGAAGCACCUUUUGUAUGGAGAGGAUCUGGUACCGCGAUGCGUUUUUUUG